CAUUUUCGCGGCCAGACAGAGCCACGACCAGGUCUCCCUUUUCGUUCCCUAAACCCAGUUUUUGUUCUUAAACCCUAUCGUCUUCGUUGCUGCAAUCGCCCUCCGGCAUCCUCUCUCUGUCACAGCCGCUCGGAAUUCUUCUGCAACUGCUCGUUGGUCGCCAAACCCACACAUCGACGCAACAACUUUGGUGCCAGGUUAAUACCAAUGGAACAACAGAAAGAUAAACCAUCAGCUGCAGCAAACCCACCCAUUCCUUCCUGUAGAAAGAAGAAAAAUGAAGACGGUACAUUCUUGGAGGAUUUGAAGGAUCACAUCGACGAGUUCAUUCAUGCAUCGAUGGAUGAACACAAAUCGUGCUUCAAGAAAACUAUCAACAAGAUGUUCCGUAUGUCAAAAGUUGUGGCAGAUAGGAAUUCAGAGACAAGUGGAGUUGAAAGUUCUCUGCCUCUUCGAACAACAGUAUCAGAGUAAAUUCUCUUUCUUCCUUUCUUCAAGGAUACUUUGUCUGCAUCUUCAACCAACUCCAUGAAAUCUUGGAUUCCUGUUUAUAGUCUAUUUUACAUGAUUCCACAUGAAACGUUACCGUUUUGUCUUCCUUGAUGUGCUAUUAAUUGGUGUUAUAUUUUGAGCCACCAACCAAUACUGUUCUUGGAAUUUUUCUUGCUUGUUUGGUUA